ACGUAUAGUGUGGCCGCUCUCAGGUUUCUCUCUUGUUCAAGUCUCCUUCUUUCCUUCAAUAUGUGGCUUCAGUCGAAGAAUUCGACUUGGCUGUUGCAGCCAAUCGGGUCCCAGGUAUGCCAACGGCGAGAGCAUACGAUUGGUGAGAUUACGCGCCAGUUCACAACCUUUGGUUCUCGAUAUGGGAUCUGACACGAGCUGUAUCAAUCCCUCUGGCGGGGCGAGCGGGGAACCGACCAUGCGGUGGAUAUUUCGCUGCGUUUCAGCGGCGAAGGGCGCUCCUACCCGCGCGUCUAGGGCGCAGACGCGCGUCUUAUGGAUUUUACCCCCGUCGUGGGUGUCGGUGGUGUCGGGUAUGGUCCUGGGGUUGGCCUGGUGGGAGCCAGAGGGGCACAUGAGGGCGCUCCUCGCACGGGUCGUCCACGAAAGGGAGAAGGAGCGAUGCGCGAGCCGGUCGCAGAGGGUAGUUGACGAGGAGGAAGAGGAAGAGGGGAUCCAGCACCGAAACGAUACAAGCGACGGGUUGGGCCGGCCGUCUGCACAACGUGACCUGGCCGAUUACACAGAGAUGAGCAAGCCCGUGCGUCCAUCCCCCUGUAGACGAGCGGUAGGACUCUGACAUGUGACCGGGCCGUAGCGCAACGUCGUGGU